AUGGACUCAGGGGCUCCAUUGGCUUCAGAGAUCCAACGCCUCCUCCAAGAUGAGCCAAUGUUUGAUUUUCUGUGCGAACGCACGUUCAACAACCACUCAGAUCAGGGCGUUGUUACGCUGCGCAAAGUCGCUCCCAUGGUUCAGGGCAUACUCCAGUCUGCAGGCCAGUCCGUUUCAUCAACUGAGCUCUACAGCGUCUGGACGGAGUAUUGUGAUCCUGAUAUGCAUCAGAUGGCUUUGUCUCACUUCAAGAACUUUUUGCGCGCACUCCUCCAAAACUAUGUGCAGGAUGGUGGUAAGCGCCGCGGUGAGUCCGCGCCAAGACCUGUUGUAACCCAGGCCAGCGCCAGUGGCACUUGGUCCAGAGGAGCAUUAGCAAAAGAAGAGCCAGCAGAGCAAGAUGAGCCAGCACAAAGGCCGACGGAUCCGUCCGGACCGGCACCACGAACAACGGAGGAGUUGAAGCCUCAGGCAGCGCCUGAGGCACCUCCUCAGCGAGGACAGGUUCAGGGAAGCAGUCCGUUGUCUCAUGCGGCAGGCCCCAGUCGCGCUCUUGGCCGACCCCUCUCCGCUGAAGUGAGGGCAGGGGUGCGAGCCGAGGCGCGGGCCGAACGCGAGGCCAAAGCGAAGGCCACACCGGCAAGUUUGGGAACCUCCCGGGGACGGGCACAAUCCCAGCCUAAGCCCAAGCGAGCUGCAGCUCCUGCGGCUCCGGCGGCUUCGGCCUCCACUUCAACUCCGUCGCUUCAAGGCCGAGGUCGACGGUCGCUGCCGGAGCAACCGCGAGAUUCUUUAACAAAGGCCUUUGAGGAGUUGCCACAGGCAGCUGCGGAUUUACUGCCUGAUGAAGGUGGAGGGGGGCAGGGUCUUCAAGUGAAGACGGGGUCGGGCAUUUUCACGUCCAUGAAGGAGGCGCUGAAAGAAAUGGAGAGGCUAAAGGAUGGGCUUUCCGAGACUUUGUACGCGGAUCCUAAUUUCGGACCUGGAGUGCACGAUGCCGCCGCCUUGCCAAGCUCGGCGCCAUCUUUCAGGGACGUGGUAUGGUCGAGGCCCAGUGAGGUUUGGGAAUCCCAUUCCUUUUGUGGUGAGCUGGCCGAGGUGAAGCUGGGUAGCUUUGGCGACGCGUGGUUUCUGGGGGCACUUUGCUCCUUGUCCUUGCGGGAGCACGCGCUGUUUGGAGACCCGUCCGGGCACCAGGAGCCUUUGGGCGUCUACCCCCGGCUUUUCUGGGACCCAGAAUUCCGAAGGCGUGGCAUCUACUGCUUCCGCUUCUCGAAGCAUGGCUCCUGGUUUUACGUCCUAGUCGACGACCGGCUUCCGUUUCGACAGAAGGAGCCACUCUUCAGCCGAACCCAUGGUUUGGACAAGGUGCCACAAAUCUGGGCCGCAUUGAUAGAAAAGGCAUAUGCAAAGCUUCAUGGCUCCUAUUUUGCGCUGUCACUGGGUUUUGUGGACGAUGCUUUAGAGGACUUGACCUCUUGGCCGACGGAAAAAAUCCAAACCUCAAAGUUUGCAGCCAAGUUGGAUGCCGAUGGCGCCGUGGAUGAACCGGUCCUGCCGGCCGACAAGGAUCCCGGUGAACUUUGGCAGAUGCUUUUGCAGGAAAUGACCAGCGGGGCCUCGUUGCUUUGCUUGCGGGCGGAUUCGGGCAGCAACUUGUCGGAGAUGGUCCAAGUUGACCCACGUUUACUGGACCUUGACAAGAAGGAAGCAGGCCCUUUCUGCACUGGGGUGCAUCGGAACUGGCCAUACCCUUUGCUAACACUGCGCGAGGUGGAGUCAGAGUCUGAAAGCUUGCACCUCGCGCGCCUGAGAUCUUUCACUUCUGGUCGUUGGUGUGGAGCAUGGAGUGACCAGGAUUCGACAUGGAGUCAAGCUGGAGACAUCGUCGAGCAACUGCAAAUCGAAGACUUUGCAGAGUUUCUGCCAGCUUGUGGGCUCCGAGCUGGCGGCGCGUCUGUUGCGCAGAGGCCCGUCCUGCGCCCGCAGAUGCCGUUGCAGCACUUCAACCGUGAUCCGGCCGAGUUCCAUGAUGGAACUUGCAUCAUGGGAUUCCAAGACUGGCUGCAAGUCUUCAGCCACGUACUCCUGCAGCAGUCGUUUCUUAAUGAGGAUGACUGGCAGACACGGCGAUUGCAGGGUCAAUGGAAGCACGACACCUGUGGUGGUACGCCAAUUCCAGUGAUACAGCCCGUCCUUGCAACUCCGGAAAGUUGGGGUCGCAACCCACAGUGUCGAAUCACCCUUCAUGAUACAGAUGCCGAGUUGUGCGUCACCCUUCAUCAGCAAGACGCACGGCUGCUGUCCGACUCACGUUAUUCUUCCUUUCCAUUCGAGGAGAAGUUGCGACAGAUUUUCGUGUGUGUCAUGCGGCUAAACGAUCCCGACGAGCGAUUGACAGUCUUCGACAAGAAGCGAAUUGUGCGCCACAACGCGGUCAGCGCUGCAAGCCUCCUGAGCCGGAGAAGAUCAGUUUCUCUGAAGACUCGCCUCACUGGUCCGGGAAGCUAUGCCAUAGUCCCUUCGAUAUGGGAACCUGACCUGGGAGAAACGUUGCCUUUCGUCUUGCUGGUCCGCCUGAAGUGUGCCUCGAGUCACUUCACCAUUGAAGCCUCAGCUGACCGGGGAACCCCCAUGUCGGAUGCCGAUGUGUCACCUGAUCCACAACCGGAGGAUCGGCCGACUGCACGCGACCACCCGAAGGGCUAUGUUGGUUUCGUUUACGAAGAUGUCUUCAAAGAGCUCUACACUGGCACAUCAACUGCCUCAGCAGAUCCAGCAGAGGAUAAGGAGGAAGAGGCAGAAGCCGGUGCAAAGACAUCCGCCAGUGCCGUAGAUUCCGAGAUCAAUCUCAACAAGGAAGCUGAACAGAUCAAGGCCAUUGGGGACAAAGUCCUGGCUGAUGGCGAUCACGUGGAUCGCGUGCAGGAACUGCUUCGCACGAUUAGGCAGGCAGCGCGGGAAGGCGACCAGGACGAAGCAGCAGAGCUGCUGCAGCGCUGGGGCCUGGUAAUGCGCGAGCAACUGCCUGUGCCGGAAAGCAAGUUGAAGCACAGAGUCGACCCUGAUGAGAUGGUGAGGGAAGGUCUCAUCGUACCGCGUAGCAUGAUGGAAGACAUGGAGCGCUUCUAUGAGAUCAAGAAAGGACAGAUCCCUCAGCACGACAACCUCUUGGCGAUCUCCAAGCCCGAGGAGCCCAAUCAUUUUAAGAUGACGAAGUCCCUCCAGCUGCGUGCAGAGACCAAGCAGGUUAAAGCCACCCUCACAGAAGAGCAGAAGAAUCUGAUCACAGCUGACUUGCAGGAGAGGUUACGGAAGAGACCUCGUAUGCCAGCUGGACUCAAUGCCGACCAGAAGGCCAAGAAUCGGGAGAUUGUCAAGAGGAUGCAGAUGAAGGUCAACUUCCUGAAGAAUCCUCGAUUUCUGGCAGAUCGGCAAGGGAAGGACAGGGGCGAGCCCUGCCCCUUUUGGUUCACACCAGAAUCGAUCUUGUUUCGAAAUUAUGAAAUCGGCGGCCUUUAUCAGAUCCAGGUGGACUUCCGCAACUCCACUGGGAUCAGUCGACGCUUGCGAGUUCUCCCCUGCAACAACACCGCGUUUUCCGUUAAGGAACUCCGUUACGACAAGGAGCUGAAUGCGGAGCGGCCCGAGCUGGUCGGGCUCGAUCCUUUGGCGGCGGUGGUUGCGCCGGGGAUGGCUGCCCACCUCACGGUGUCUUUCGCGCCGAACACUCUCAAUGACGAGACAGAGUUUCUGACCGUCUGUACAGAGAUCGGGGACUACCAACUGCCUCUAUUGGCAAGGAGAGAUCAGCCAAAGCUGAAGAUCGACGAGCCUGUCAAUUGCGGAUGCAUGCUGGCAGGAAACAACAUCACGGAGCCUGUCAGAAUACGAAACCUUGGAGGCGAAGGUGCCUUCCGCUUGAUUGUCAGUGAGGAGGAGCCGCCAGAGGAUUAUUGUUAUGAAUCCUACCCCGGGACCGACUUGACGCUUGUUGUAGGGUCAUUUCGUAUCUCCCCGGCCUCCUUCUACUUGGACGCUAACUCCUUCACGGACUUGAGCGUGCGUUUUGAAGCUGACAAAGUCGGACAUCACAGGUGUCCCUUGUUCGUUGAAGGGGACAACGGUGUAAAGACGCCACUCAGCUUAGUCGCUGUGUGUGACGCGGUCCGCCUGGAGCUUUGCAGAUGGCCCACCCUCAACGAAGAGUUGCCUCCCGCGGCAAUCGAAGAGGGUAGCUGCGCUUGGCAACUCGUCCCGUGGCAACUUAAUUGGAUGCGGCCUGGUACGCAGGUUGGGCACAAGACCAAGCAGUCCAUACAGAUUUCAAAUGGUGGUUUCAUGCCGAUGAGAGUCGAAUGGGCUCUUUCCCAGCCGCCACGUCAGAUCUUGGCUCGGCUAGCCGUGGGUUCCAUCAACCGCUUGACCGACAAGCUGAUCAACGAAAUCCACGACUGGAGGGUGCAUCUGCCCGGCAGCCACUUGACAGCUGCCUGUCCAUUCAGGGUGGAGCCGGCAUCAGUAACCAUUGAACCGUUUACCACAAGUACCUUCACUUUUACUUUCGAGGCAUUCGGACCUGUGGGGUCACAGUCCGCAGUUUUCGCAUAUCUGGUAGCGCGCGAUUUGCCUGACAGCAUGGCCUGUCUGCUGCACUACAACCAGCUGGUGGAGCUGCAGGAUGAGAUGCGGCCAGAGAAUGACGCGUACUCCAAGCAUCUCCCCCUUUUCGGAGGCAUUGUCAGUCAACCCUUCGACAAGAAGCUGAAGAGCACUGGCUCAACCGACCCACUGGACGUUAAGGUAGCAGAUCCAAAGGAUUGCGCCGUCAGCCGAGUCAUUACAGCUGUUUGCCUGCAGGGCCAGACUGUGGGGCCAACCAUUUCGGCAAUGCCUCGUGCGAUCGUUCUGCCAGGGGACGUGCUUCCUUUUGUUCCCAGCGUCCGCGAGAUCAAGGUCUACAACUCUGGCUCGAACUCAUCGUACUUCAGAGUGCGCUUGACAUCGACUCUCCAUGCAGCUGAUGCCAAUAAAAUUGAUCCGCUUUGGAUUGUCUCCGUGCCCGAAGUUGGCAUGAAACCCGAGGAGCCUCAGCCGAUUCCGCAUGCAAACCCUGUGCUUGAAGAGAUGAGACUGCAAGCAGCCCGGCUGGCCCAGUCGUGGCCGCCACUGCCACCAGAGCCAGGAAUCCCGGGAGCAUCACAGCUGCCUGGCUACGGAGCCUUGGCAUCAUGCGCAGUUGAGCCACACGAGGGCCGUAUUCCACCUGGUGGUGCUGUGACGAUUCGGGUGACCCUUCGAGUUGUGCAUGAGUGCGACUUGGAUGGGCAGCUCGUCAUUGAUCUGCCACUGGAUGCGAAGAGCAGUGAGCCGGCAGCGCCAGCUCUCAAGGUUGGAAUCGCAGCCGCUGUUCGAGCCCCACGAGCUGAAAUGAGGAGCACAUCCAUGUUGGACUUCGGCGUUGUUCGAGCCCAUUCGAGACACACGCUGAAAGUGGUGCUAAGCAAUCCCACACAACUGCCGAUGAUGCUGCAACUCCGACAGUUCAAGGACACCAAGCGCAAUCACGAGUUUCCCGUGGAGUCGCACCGGGAAGUUGUGAAUCUAUUCGUGGACGCCGUGAACCGGAGAAGUGCGGAAGGCUCUGCGGCCAUUGAGUCCGAGCAGUACCGGGAGGCGGCCGUGCAGCCUUGGGUCCAUUCGCGCAGUGGCUGCCUUGACCAAAGUGGCCGCCGCAAGUUCGGGGCAAAGUCGAGGAGCUCCGACGAUGGUGACUUAGAUGCUGGCAGGUUCGUUUCAGACUCAGAGGACUUCGUUUUCCAUCCCGGGUAUUUGGCACUUUGGCCAGGCAAAAGCGGCGAGGUCGAAGUUACGCUUCGGACACGAAGCGUUGGAAAAUACACGGCUCUGUUGGAGGCUGUUGGCUUCAAUUCUCUGCAUGCCCAGUGUCUUGAUGUAUUUGCAUCUGUACAGCUGCCGCUGGUGCGUAUCAACACGCAUCAUGCUCAUUUCCCUGUCACUUAUCUCAGGACAGCAUCCGAACCCAUGGAGGUGGAGCUUCGCAACGAGUCCGAAAUGCCCGCCAACUUCUCAUGGAAGGUCCCGCUAAAGAUGGAUGGCUGCUUGGAGGCUCAAAUCCAUCCGUCGCAGGGCUCCAUACCACCUAGAGAGACCCGGAGAUGCACCAUCAUUGCGGUGCCUACGAAGAUCCCAGAUGAUGGUCAUGCCGUUCUGCCAUGCCACCUCUUCAUCGAAGAAAUCCUUCAGCCUUUAGAGCUGCGUGUGACUGCCGUUGUCUACGGCUGCGAAGUGGACUAUGCCGUUGUUUCAGCUGGAGAUCUGCCUCCUGAAAUAGAGCUCAAACCACGACAGCCUGGCGAUUCACCAUGUGAUCCACGUGGCACGUAUAUGAUCACCAGCGGGAAAGCUUCGAGAAGAAUGCCAGCAGUAGACUUUGGUGAGCUGCCGCUCCAAAGGGCCAAAGUCAUGCAGGUGGUGCUAUACAACAGGACGGGCAUCGCGACACCUUACAGUGUCAAAGUCGACAAGAAUCCGGCCUUCGAUCCUUUGGUGAAGGGCCGGAAGAUAGGCGAUUACCUCGACGCAGCAACUCGAAUGUACGCGCUGAUCAACCAAUCAGGUGGAGCGGAGCCUGAAAAUCUAGGGGAGACGGUGAAGCAGAGCUUUGAGAACACUCCGCAGCCUGCCGGUGCCGGCCGCGAUGACAGCGACCCGGGGAGGAUCAAAACGAAGAAGUUCAAGAGCACUUUGAACAAGACCAAGAAGACGAGCACCAAGAAGAAGAGGUGGAUUCUGGACGACAAGCACGAGCGCCAGGCCUUCCGCAGCAGCUUCGGGGCGGAUUUCGCCAAGCAGAAGGAGAUGAAAGAGCAGGGCCGAAUGGCGCUCCGAGCCGGCCGUGGCUUCGCGGUGAAGGCAGCACCAGCCAGCGAUUGGUUGCAGCCUUUCAGCACGGCUGUGAUCACUGUGACGUCCUUCAGUGAUCUGCCUGGCCUCAUGGAAGACGAGCUGAUCCUCACGCUUCGAGAGCUUCCCGGGCACUCGGAGGGAGAGAACUUUCGCAUACCAUUACGCUUGAAGUCGUACGGGAAUCCCUUGUAUCUUCCAGAUCAGCAAGUGGGCCUGAACACCUUGGCAGCUCCUCCCAGGCUGCUGUGCGGUGUGACAGUCCCGGCGGAGAAGCAGCUGAUGAGGCGGUUCAAAGUGGGCAACAACUCUGCGGCGAGGGUGGUGGUCAACUGGAAGAUCUUCCCCAAACUGAAGCUGGAGAACAUGGCAGAAGAUCGAGCGAUGAUUCACGUGGGGCUAUGUGGCAGAAACUCCGCUAUAAAGGACCCCUUCGUUGAGGAACUUGGAGACAAGGACGUGCCAACUCUGAAAAUAGAGAAUGGCGGUGUGGAGGAGGAAGAGGAGGAGUUGGAUCCAGAGGAGCCGUUCAACUUCAAAAUUUGGUCGCAGCAACCUCCACAAAUUCAAGAUCCGUUCUCCCUACCUGGAGAUGAACUGCCGGUGGUUAUCGAGCCGGUAGAAGCUGUGGUGCCAGAGCACGGAACUGCCAGCUUCACCGUGACCAUGACGUGCUUGAAAGCGACCCUGACAGCGGCAAGCAACUACCGGUACACUCUGAUAGGAGACUGUCGCUUCACAGCUGAUCGCGAGCAGCGCUUGGCCUUCGCUGAAGCCAAUCCAGACGAGGAGUAUGACGAGCGGCCACCCCAAACAGCUUAUGUGGCCCUCAGCCAGGAUGCUGAAGUGGAGAACCUGCCAGACAUCCAGCUGGACGGACGGGAGGUCGUGGAUGACGACUCGGACAUCGAAGUGGAUCCCAAGGCGCUGCUCCAGGAGCCUUUGGUCGAGGUGCCAGCGCCGCUCGAGGUUGCGACGAAGCGCUUCAAGCGCAAUCGUGCAGGGCCGCCACCUCCACAGCCUUUGGCCGUGGAGCCAAAUCUGGAUGUGCUGGCCACGAUUGUGAUCGACUGCGUGGGGGAUUGUGUUUUGCCCAGGUUGACAGUGGACAAGAAGGGAAACCCUGCAGUCGAGGAGUUCCCGGCACAAAACAAGGAGCAAGAUGACAUCGGAGAUGAUCGGGAGCCUCCAGUUCUCAAUGCGCCGGUGUUUAAGUUCACAUGGUCCUCGGUGUCUCAGGGGUCUCAGCCAUCCACGGGUCCUUCGCAUGGAGGUGCAGUCGGCGGCACUCAGGUCACGGGCAUUUCUUCAUGCCUGGUCCGCCAAAUCAGCUUCUCCAACCACAAUGCAGCAAAGAUCACAUGCAAGUUUCGGGUUGAAGGCCCGUUCAGGAUUCAGCUCAUACAACAGGGCGGCGCACAUCCAGUGCUGAAUGACAGCUCCAGCAGUAAGGCCAAGAAGAAGGACGAGCAGCAAUCGGACAUUCGAAAGCUUUUUGUGCUGUCGAGAUGGGAGACGGUAACACUGCAUGUGAUGUUCACCCCUGAGCAGAUUCCAGUGUCUGAGUGGGAGCACUACUUGACCAAGCACGAACAUGUCUUCAGGGGCGAUUUGAUUGUGGAGUACCCUCGGGAUACGGACGGUGAGCUCGACACGCACAAGGACGAUCUCCAGAGGAUCCAUCUGGUCGGUACUGCCAGGCGGCCUGCGGUCCGAGUGCAUGUUGUGCCGAACGAGUUCGAUCGCCCGAUACGGCUCGAGCGGGCCGAGAGGCCGCCUUGGUCGGAGCCGGUGCCUGUGGUCGUGGAGUUUGGCUACACGCAUGUGCAGAGCUCUGUGACGAGGUUCCGAUGUAUUCUUAUCUCCAACAUCACAAACACGCUGGCCAAAUGGUCUUUGGCACAUGUCGGUCGCAAACGAAAGGCUGCACCGGUGAUCGGUGCUACUUUGCCGGAAGAGGAGGAAUUUCGUGCACUGGAUGACAAGGAUGCUUUUGAGUUUGAUAUCAGUGGUGGUGAACUUCCUGGCCCAUCCAAAGACGGCUUGGUGCCUGGUUCGGAAGAACGCUUGCCUCACUGGUGUGCCAAGAGCUCUGCACUGCCAAGAGCACCAGCAUUUCCGGACGAAGAGCGCUUCGAUCCACAGCGACUGAAGAUCUCCUUUAGACCCAAGAAGAACGAGCUCUAUAAAUGCAGGUUUCGAGUUCAGGUUGAGAGUGGACUCAGCAUUGACUUCAUCUGUAGGGGCACCGGCAGCUACGAUGAAGAGGACGACAAUUUAGAUUUUCACGAAGCUUAG